AUGAGCCUCUCAGACGGCGGGGGCGGGCUGACAUUUUCCUCCAGACCCUGUCCUGGGUAUAAAGGCACCUCCAGAGACGGGCCGGUUGAGGCGUCAGCCAUCGAGAUCGAAGCCGCGGGGAAAAUGAGGAGUUUCUCCAGAUUCACCCUCGUCCUCGUGCUGUGGCUAUCAGCGGUGCAUGGCUUGUGGAGUCACCCCAUGGUUUAUGCUAAGCUGUCCGGAAGAAGUGAUCACUUCCUCGUCUUGCUGAGCCAUCGCUUAGCUACGGUGGACAGGAACGGAGAAACUGCCUUGUUAAAGCCUUAUCUGGAGAAGACUUUCAUGAGAAGAUCGUUUCGCAAUGGAGUGGGACAAGGAAUUAAAAAAACUUCCUUUCGAAGGGCAAAAUCAUGAAUCACUGUAAAAAAACCCCCUCUGUUGUGGCCUA